AUAUUUGGUUAUACGGCGGAAUUGAGCAGCUGUGAUUAAUAACAAUGAAGCAGUUGGAAGAAGAAUUGGGGCGAGACAGAGCGAUUGAAAUCGAAACGGACGACGAAGAAAACGAGGCCGAAAGAGUUUGCCAUGAUCUCGAUAAUUACGAUACCGAAUCGAAUAUUACCGGUCCUUCGCGCGCACAUUCCGAUGAUUGUCUCAAUCCCGACCCUGCCAAUUUUUGGCCCCAAAGUUACAGGGAUUCAAUGGACAUGUUCACAGGUGUGACACCUCCAACAGUAAGCUUCUUAAAAGGCAAAGGCAGCUCUUUCUUCCUUGCAUCCGAGAAAGCAUCCCAAUCGAUUCUUCCGGAAUCUUCUUCGUCUUUAUACAAACCCCUAAUCUCACCGUUAAACUCCGACCUCGAAAUCGGCUGCACCUCACUGCCUCACAUAAAUCAACCUUCCGUUUCUGAAUUCACCGCCAGCUUUUCCGAUGAACAGCCCCACCGCGAGAAGUGUACCUACACGCAAUCGGUUCUUAACGCGGUAAAUGCGCUGUGUGGGAUCGGAGUUCUUUCGACUCCGUACGCGCUUAAAGAAGGAGGGUGGUUUAGUAUAGGGCUUUUGUUCUUGUUUGGAGCAAUUACAUGCUACACUGGUUUAUUAUUGAAGAAAUGUUUGGAUAGUUCGCCUCGUCUCAAAACUUAUCCGGAUAUCGGACAUGCUGCUUUCGGAUUAACCGGUCGAAUAUUAAUCGCUGUAAGUAUUAUUCAAAUACACCACUUUAAUUUAAUACUUUUAUUAAUUAAUCGGAAUUUGGAACUGAUCUGUUGAUUUUUUUUUUAAUUGCAGGUGA